AUGGCUCCUACUGAAUACGAUGCAAUUGUUGUUGGCGGUGGCUUUGGCGGUAUCUAUACCACCUACCAGCUUCGUCAACGCGGAUACAAUGUUCAUGCUUUUGAAAAGGGCUCCAAUCUUGGUGGAAUCUGGUACUGGAACAAGUACCCCGGUGCUCGUGUCGACUCUGAUGUCCCUGUCUACCAGCUUUGGCUUGAACAAAUCUACAAGGACUGGGACUUUAAGGAACGCUUCCCUGGAUGGAAGGAACUCGGCGAGUACUUUGCUCAUGUUGACAAGAAAAUUCAAAUCUCUAAAAACUACUCCUUCAAUACUUUUGUCUCGGCAUGCCACUUUAAUGCCCAAACUGGAAAGUGGACUGUUACCACCACUGGCGAAGAUGCUGGCACCUUUGUCGCCAAACACUUGGUAAUUUGCUCUGGCUUUGCGGCUAAAAAGUACAUUCCUGACUUUAAGGGUCUUGACAAAUACAAGGGCGUCAUGCACCACACUUGUGAGUGGCCUGGCGAUGAAGUUGACUUUAAGAAUAAAAAGGUAGCAGUCAUUGGUACCGGUGCCUCUGGUGUUCAGGUCAUUCAAGAAAUUGGGCCUGUGGUUGACCACUUGACAGUUUACCAACGUACCCCUAACUUGGCUAUCCCCAUGCAGCAACGCAAGGUUACCCACGAAGAGCAAGAAGAACGCCGUGCCAACUACGACAAGGUCUUUGAAAAAACUAUCCAAGAACCCAACGCUGCAGGCUUUGAGUUUGGUUUUGACCCCCGCAGUGCUCUCGAGGUUUCUGAUGAAGAGCGCGAAGCUCACUUUGAAAAGUGCUAUGCCGAUGGUGGCUUCCACUUUUGGGUCGCUACCUUUUUUGAUGUUUGGACUGACUUGCGUGCAGACAAGUACCAAUACGAAUUCUGGCGCCGCAAGACUCUUGAGCGUCUCACACGUCCUGAAAUGUAUGAGAAGCUUGCACCUUCCAAGCAAAUCAAUCCCUUCUGUGCCAAGCGCCCAUGUCUCGAGCAGGCUUACUAUGAGGUUUACAAUCAACCCAAUGUUGACUUGAUUGACCUCCGUGAAGAAAAUAUUACUGAGUUUACCGAAAAGGGUAUCAAGACUGCCAAUGGUGAACGCGAGUUUGACAUUGUUGUUCUUGCUACUGGAUUUGAUGCCGUCACUGGUGGUUUAACCCAGAUUGACAUUCGUGGUAUUCACGGUGAAACCCUCCAGGAAAAGUGGGAAUCUGAAGGUCUCCGCACAUAUCUUGGUGUUGCUGUCAAUGACUUCCCCAACAUGUACUUUAUGUAUGGCCCCCAGGGCCCCACAGCCUUUUCCAAUGGCCCCACAUGUGCCCAGAUCCAGUCCAACUUUAUCAUUAGCCUCAUUGAGUACUGCGAUGCUAACAAUUACAAGUAUGUUCAGCCUACUGAGGAGUCGGAGCAGCAAUGGGCCGAACAUGUUCUUGAGUGCCAUAAGCAGACUCUUGUUGGUUUGGCUGACCGCUCUUGGUACAAUGGUACAAACAUUCCUGGAAAGAAGAUUACUGGGCCUCUCAAUUAUAUUGGAGGCAUUCCUACUUAUUAUAAGAGAGUCACUGCCGAAACGAAUGACAAUUUUAAGGGAUUUGUUUCAGUGGCUUAA